AUGCCGGACGAUGUGUCAACAAAUCCCCUUCCCAAUGCUGUGUCCCGUCCGGUAUUCCCUCAAGGUCCCGGCUUCACACUCGAAGACUUCUCUAGCCGUGAUUUCAUCGUGAAGGAGUUUAUUGAAUCUCUUUCCGAAAAUGCAGUAAACACUCGGCGACCUGCAGGAGCAUCAGGAGGUGGAAGCCAGCCGUUUGACCCCAAACCGCUGAUUCGGACGUUUGAGCAUGCGCAACGGCGACUAGCUGAUAUAUCAGGCGACCUUGAGAUAAGAGAAAAUGAAUUAUCUGCUGCAGUCCGCAGGGCAGAGGCACAGCAUACUCAGAAUCUGAACACCCUAGGACGAAAAUUAAGUCAAACCAUCGAAUCUUUCCAGCAACUCGAUACGUCGCUCAAUGGAUCUGGUGGAGAGCUUUCCGAGAGCACAGGCAAUAUGGCUGUCGAGACAGGACGUAAGCUCGAGGAAUUAGAUCGUCAAAGGCGUCGGGCGCUUGACGCACACUUUCUCCUCGAAUGCUGGGAUGGUGUGAGCAACAGAGGGGAGUUAACCCUUUUGGAGAAUUUGAGAAGGUCAGGAACAGGUGAGGCCAAGGUUCGAUCGGCACAGAUUGCGCGCCAGUUGCUCAGAAUCAGCCAGCGACUUGACACUGAGAGUUGGAGUGAAGUAGCGGGAAGACAUAACGGGUCCCACGCAAAUGGAACUAUAGCAGAUGAGUCCGGGAGCACAAAGGGCAAUGUCAUUCGGCCAAAUACGCGAGAAAUUAUUGAGAAGUUCUCCGAGACGCUAGAGAAUGACUUGUUGAAGCAAUUCGAUGACUUCUACAGGAAAGCUAAUUUUGAAGGCAUGAAGGAUUGCGCAACAGUACUCCAUGAUUUCAAUGGUGGUGCAAGUGUGAUUGCUUUGUUUGUGAACCAACAUCAGUUCUUUAUUGACCGCAGCCAGCUUGUGACCGAAGAAGUCGGAGGAGAUCCAGAAGCCUGGGAAAUGCUUGCAGAUCCCGACGCUGAACCGUCAAAAGUGGAGCCCAGCCUACAGUCACUCAUUGAUGAAGUCAAAGUUGUGGUGCAAGAAGAGUCCGCGAUCAUCAAAAGGGCCUUCCCGUACUACGAACAAGUACUCGGAAAGUUCCUGCAGCGAGUUUUCCAGCAGUCGAUUCAACAAAGACUCGAGAUGGUCUUGGAUAAGGCGAACAGCGUUUCAUCACUAGCAUUUCUACGUUCUCUACAAAGUUCUCGCAGUUAUUUAAGCGCCUUAGUCGAUGACUUGAAAGCUCAUGGAUUGACUGAACAUCCCGACCCUAUCUCGUCACAGACAGCCCUCAUUCUCGAUCAGCAACUGGAGGAUCUGUUUGUGCCCUAUUUUGUGGGUUCAUCUUACAUAGAAAGAGAGAGAAGGAAUUUGGAAGAAUUAUACACCUCCUUACAAUUCAGGUUCACCACUUUCCACGCUCGCAGGAAGAAAGCGGUGACAACAUUUAUGGCAUCUCUCUCCAAAGCAGGCACGGAGGUUCUUGUCUCCGCAAGAGAUGCACAUAUUGCACGCCUUGAGUCCUCCGAGCUUCCUGCAACACAGAAGAUGCUCUUACUCCGAUUGGCGGGGCUAAGGGAAGCCACUGAUCCCAGUAAACCCACAGACAUCAAGCUUACAGAAGAUGAUGGUCUCCCCAACAUUGCUCAUGCAAAGAGAAUGCUCAAAUGGCUUGCUGAAGCAGUUGGUAGAGGCCUAGAGCUCAGCAUGACUAGCGAGACGCCCAAGGAUAUGCUUGCUCUUCUGAGCCUUCUUCUCGCGAUGAUGGGAGAGGGCUAUAUUGAAGUUUGCUUAGACGCCGCUCUGGAUGUAGCCGCAUCCCAGGAAUCAGGCAGAACUGAGCCUGAUUUCGGGUAUAUACCGGCCAUUCGGAACGCUAUCAGUGUCGCCAACUUAAUGGUCAUGUGCAUUAACACAUUGCUUAUCCCUCUUGCCGCAGGCAGUAUCACAAUUCGCCGAGAAAUGGAGAAAAAAACGAACCUGAUAACAAUAAGAAUUGAGGAGAAGAUAAAUUCCAUAGAGCAGAAGGUUAUUGACGCAACCUUAGCCUGGGUGAACAAACUUCUUUCUGGUCAGAAGAAAAAUGACUUUCGACCAAAGGAGGGUGACAAUGCGACUUGGUUAGAGAGACUACAAACACCGACAUGUGCGUCAAUUUGUGCCUUCUUGGCUCGUGCGCAUAACGUUCUCAAGGGCUCGCUACCACCUAGUGGCUCUAAUCUCCGCCAGUUGCUUACGGAGAUUGCUCUUGGAACAAGAAGUCUUCUCCUUGAACAUUUCAAGCGGUUUGUUGUGAAUGGGCCAGGAGGUCUCAUUGUAACCAAGGAUAUGACACAGUAUACCGAUCUUUUGAAAAGCUGGGAUAUUGAGGAGCGGGUAAAAUGCCCGGGUGGUGCGCUAGAUGUUCUACUAGAAGUCGGAAACCUUUUCGUCAUUGGCUCUGAAGCAUUGCAGGAGCGGAUACGUGGGGGCGCAGUCAGCGCUGCCGGCGGAAAUACUGGUAAUGGUAACGCCACUACAGGCCCAGGACGCGGCAUUGGAGGUCCCACUCAAGAGGAUACAGGCCUCAGUGUUCAGGAAGUCCGGGCUUAUGUUUCUCGCAGGGAGGAUUCUAACACCGCUGCUCUGCAGGUCGUGCUCAAUAAUCUUUGA